AUGGGGCCGAAGAAGAAGAAACAUUCAGUGGCGUUGCGUGAGAGAGUGGUAUUGCUCCAUUCACAAGGGAGAAGCUAUCGACAAAUCGGAGCAGAGGCGUCUGUUAGCUACACCACGGUACGAGCCAUCAUUCAUAAAUAUAAAGAGACUGGAACAACAGUGAAUAAGUGUCGUCCUGGACGUCUAAAAGUGCUUACAACCCGAGAGCGUCCCCGUAUCAUCACACUUGCUCGGAAGGAACCUGCUACAAGUGCAGCAACUAUUGCUGAGGUUGUUCAGGUAACGUCCGACAAGACUGUUAAUGUUCAAACUAUACGAAAUGGUUUGAAUGAGGCUGACAUGCAUAGACAUUCUCCCAGGAAAAAGCCAUACAUAUCGGAAAUUAACCCGCAGAAACGCCUGCAGUUAGUCAAGGACUACAUCAGCAAGCCGAUGGAGUUUUGGAAUACUUUGAUAUUUAGCGGCGAAUCGAAGUUCAGUGUAAUCGGAUUUUAUUCAAGAAAGAAAGAUUGGCGCAAGCCGAAUACGCACCUCGACAUCAAACACAUGCAUCCCACAGUCAAACAUGGUGAGGGCGGUAUCUAG